AUGACCCUCUGCGCCGACAUUCGUAUCUGCGUCUCUACCACCCGAUUUGCAGUCAAGGAAGUCGACAUCGGACUUGCAGCAGACAUUGGCACUCUGUCUCGUCUGCCCAAAGCCAACGUUCCCAUGUCAUUCAUCAAAGACGUUGCUCUGACAGCAAGAAUAUUUACUGCAAAGGAGGCUCUUACUGUUGGAAUUGUGUCUGCUGUCUAUGACACGAAGGCCGAGGCUCUGGCCGAGGCAGUCGAGAAAGCGAAGCUGAUUUCCAGCAAAAGCCCUGUGGCUGUCAUGGGCACGAAAGAAGUCUUGAAUUUCUCGAGGGACCACUCGGUGCAGGAUGGUAUGUCUGAUGUCUUCACACUUACUCCUUCUUUAUGUGCUGACGAUGCGUGCUCCUAG